GCGGGAGAGGUUUGCAGUUAAGCUGCUCACUCUCAGUAUUGCUGAGGGGAAUAUGAAUGAUUUCUGCAUUGACUGAUUGGCACAACUGGCUCUCCAAAUAUGCUGGCCAGUGACCUGACAGUUACCUUUUCAAUUACCAACGACAAUGCAGUGGUUGAUGACUAUACUCUGACG